AUGGGUCUUCUAAAACUCUUGCUCAAAGCAAUCCUCAUCCCAAUCGUUGUCAUCAUUGUCAUUGCUGUCGUUAUUAUCCUUCUCAUCAAGAUGCGCCGUGAUCGCAAGAAGAAAGAAAAAGAACUGGAGAAAUCCUUCCAACCACCCCCUGUACAGCAAUGGGUGCCGUACACCCCGGUCCAGCAACCUGCCCCGGCAUAUGCCAAAACACCGGGGGUGAUGGAGCAGGGGAUUGGACAUGGACAAGCUUGA